AUGCUCCUCACCGUGAUGAAAACGGACCAAACUUCUGAAACUUCACUUAUCAUGUUUAACAGUAAACCUCUGAAACAAUCCCCCAGUGUGUCACCUUGCUUAGUGUCUGAGAAUGCAGAAGCCGAGGAGCCAAAGCUGGAUGUUGGAGGUGUGAUUUGCAGGUCAUGCAAUCUCUCCAUCCCAUUCCAUGGAUGUCUGUUAAACCUUGGAACCUGUAGAACAAAGCCUGGUCAGUUUUGUAUAAAAGAGAGCUUUGCUAAAGGUGGAAUCCAGUGGUUUUCAAUUAAAGGCUGCACUGAGGACAGAUCGGAGUGCUUCAAGAGGGUCGUAAAGCAUUACGAAAUCCGCUCUUCUCACUGCUGCCACCGUCCCCUGUGCAACUUCUGAGGAAGUGGGCUAUAUCCUUGUCACGUGACUAGCCAGCCAGACCUGA